GAGCUGGUCACUGUUCACAGUUCACAUCUUUUGUCUACAAUGGAUUCAUCAAGAGUCUAUGGCAGUUUGAAGACAUCUAGGACCCCAGAGUACAAGCCUGUAUCACUCUCAUUUCUUCCCUCAGAGCUUGUCACUGUUCAUAGUUCACUUCUUGUGUCUAAAAUGGACUCAUCAAGAGUCUAUGGCAAUGUAAAGACAUUUAGCACACCCUCAUCUCUUUCCUCAGGUGCCUGUCGGUGCCCACACUGGCAUCAGUUGGCUCUGAAACUCAGCUGUGCUGGGCUGAUCCUUCUUUUCUUGAGCCUGAUUGGACUCAGUGUCUUAGUGCGAUUCUUAGUGCAAAAACCACCAAUAGCAAAAUACAGUGUGGCUUCUCAAGAGAACAGGACUGAACCAACAGGGGGAUCAGCCAUGCUAAAGUGCCCGAGAGACUGGCAUUCAUACCGAGAGAAAUGCUUAUUUAUUUCUCAAACUUCCGGGCCUUGGUCUGAAGGUCUAACUGAUUGCUCUGUGAAAGAAGCCACUUUGUUGUUCAUUGAAGAUGAAGAAGAAUUGAAAUUCAUCCGGGAUUUCUUAAAGAGCAAAGAACGUGAGUUUUUUAUUGGACUACAUUAUGUAUCAGCAGAGAAGAUGUGGAAGUGGAUCAAUGGCUCUACUUUAAACCCUGACCUAUUACAGGUCACUGGCAAGGCCAAAGAAGACAGCUGUGCUGUUAUCUCGAAGACAGAAGUGUUUUCUGACACCUGUUCUGCAGACAACCGCUGGAUCUGCCAAAAGAAGCUGAAACAUGACUGAAAUCCUGUGUCCUGACUCCUGACUGCAAAGCUCAUCUCCAUUGCUUUACCUUCCACCCCAGAUCUAUGCACUGAACUGUCAAGGCUGUCGGCCCUCCCGGCACAGUUAGUGGCACAAAGCAUGGUUUACAAAACCUCUGUGACUCACAGUCGCUCAGUUGCAAUGCCUUUAUUCUGUAAAUGUAAAUGUACACAAACACAUGCUCCAUAGGAGGAAACCCACGCCAGCAGGGGCACUGGAGGCCUUGUGUGACCUUUGUUGAUCUCUGCCCCUGGGGUCAUUUAUCUGCAGAGAGCUACAGAAAACUGCAUAAAAAGUCCUUAUCUCUGCCCCCCCCGCUCCAAGCUAUCUUAUAUCUGGGCUGUAGAACCUUGAUUAAAGUCUUUGCUCCUGACUCUGACACCAGAGACUCAGAGUUGGCUAAGGAAGAGUUGGCUUUAAUGGACACCUCCAUAAUACAUAAUUGACUAAUGCUGUGAUAGUGAGUAACUCUAGGUAAACUGAGCUCUGUCAUUGUGACAUUUCCCACUCUGCUGUAAUCCACAAGCACAUCCUGAAGAGCUGGUGGCACCUAGUUCUGAGCUUGUCAGUCUCCAGAGCUGUCAGACAGGAGGGUCUGAGCUUGUCAGUCUCCAGAGCUGUCAGACAGGAGGGUCUGAGCUUGUCAGUCUCCAGAGCUGUCAGACAGGAGGGUCUGUUUUCUUCAGUUUUUUUUUAUUAUGGCAACAGAAAUGGAUUUAGACAAGGACUUAACUCUUCCCACUAUCACACAGGGCUUCACAUUUUAUUUCUUCCACAGCUAUCUAUAGCUUAUGGCUCAUGCACAAACUGAGGUAGGCUAUUUAGUUAUUUUAGUAAAUUAUUAACAUAUUUUUACUUCUUCAGUUGGAGAAAUUAAAAAAUAAGCAUUUAUUCUCAUAAAUCUCUUGUAUAUCAACACUUAUUGAAAAUAGUUGGCAAAUUUUUAGUGGGAAUCAAAAGAAUACAAUUUAAUUUACUGUAUUAGGAGGCAUACUAAAAUUUCUAUUAAAAUAGGCAUCUAUAUGCUUUAGAGACUCAUUGACCAAUUAAAUUACUUAAAUUGAAGCAUAUGCUAAAGUCCAAGUAAAAUUUCAAUGAAAAUAAUUUUUCAAUAAAGUAUUGUUAUUUUGUAUGGAUAAAUGUUCUGCUUGUAUAUGUGUCUGUGCACCUUGCAUAUGCAGUGCACUUAGAAGCCUGAAGGGGGGCAUUGGAUCCCCUGGGACUUGGCCUUUAGAUGGUUGAAAGCUGUAAUGUUUGUGUAGGGAUCAAAUCUGGAUCAUCUGCAAUAUCAGGCAAUGCUCCUAAUCACCGAGCAUUUUCAAAAUUUCAAUAUUCUUACUUGUCAGAAACAAGUACUUAUAUUGUUUUUGAUAAUAAUGUUCCAAUAUAUCAAACAUCAAAGUAAAUCCAUUUUUGAAAAUUCUUAAGAAAGAACUUCUCUAAGAAAUCCUAUCUGAGCAAAGCAGCACUAUAAAUCAAUGGUUAACAUCAGCAAAGUUUUGGAAAGGUCCUGUGACUGUUAAGAGCAUGUAGCUAAGCAGAUAUGAGCAGGAGGGAAGCAAGGACAUGCACACCCACCUUUUUCUAGUUGGGUACUUCCUGACUAGGGAGGGAGUCAAGAGGACCAUGGCUGUGCAUUGGUGGCUGUGUCUCUUGAUAAUUGCAAUGUUCCUUUGAAGCUACAGUUGGGCUCCUCCUGCCAUGUAAGAAACUAAGGUACCAGGGGACUUUCCCAAUGACCACACAUGCCACCAAUGAGUAAGUUGAUGAGCAGGAAAGGAAGUAAUGUAGGUACAUCUUGGCUCUGGAACAAUUUCCUUAACAUAGGAGAAAAGAAAUUCCCAAGAGGGUAAUUGACAAUAACAUUGUAGAAUUAGGACCAUAAGAAAUUUCUGUAAAUUCCAUCAUUCAGAGCUCAAUGAGCUACCUCCCACCUUUAGAUCAACCUGCUCCAAUCUUGUUUGGAGUGUUCAUUCACUUUGAGUUACUUUGCUUUGUUAAAAAUCUUUUGCUCAAAUUGUGUCUUGGGUGAAUUCUUUCUGUGAGAAGACAAGAAUAAAGGAGAAGCUGUCACUUGCUAACAAUGACACCAUCAGGACAGAAAUCAGAGGGGACUAUUACCAUAAUUGACAAUGUGCACACAGCCUCUUGAGAUGGUGUUGGUACCUGUCUUCUGAUGCUGCUUAGAAGGAACUGAGUCCUUCUUGAUGGUUCAGUUUAUCAUCCAUGGGUCUUAGAUCUGAAAUCCAGUAACCCUAAAGGUACAUUGGUAGGAAUGUUUUCCCAUGAUACCCCCUCCAAGAAAAUAAUCUGUCUCUGCCACUUUUGUUCAAGAAUUAAUUUACUUUUGGAUAGGAUCCUACUAAAAUCUAUUUAAGCUAUGAAGGUGAAAUUCUACUAGGAAGCCAUGUCUCACUGUAUCUCAACAAGCUAAAAAUAUCAGGCCUAAUUGAGAUUAUUACAGAUGUACACAUUCACCUGUCAGAUUUAUUAUGAAGGGAGCAGGCAAAAGCACCUUGUCUUAAGUACUGUCAUUUUGACUUAAGACUCCAUUUUACCUGUAGGGCGAAACACAAUUCUAGUCUCCAGGCCUUGGUGGAGCCUGGAACUUUUCUGUGGCUGAACGACCUCUUCCUUAAACAACAGAAAUAGUCUAUUAUGCUCCUCAGUUCUCUAACACAUUUUGGUUGUACCCAACAAUAGAAGGUACAAAUGAAUCAGAUUGGUUGGGCUGAAAGCCUUCCGUUCUGUGCCAGUUGACCAUCAUGGAACACUUGAGGAAAGCUCCUCAUCCCUGAUUGGUGAAAAAAUAAGUGUAACUUGGCACAGGUGUGUUUAUGGUUUUGGGCUUAUAAACCCGACUUCUGCCCCUUUUGGUGGAUGCCAGGGGAAACAAAGUUCCUGGGUCCUUGUCCUGCAACCCUGAUCCAUCAAUGACUUCACUUAUGUUCUGAUUUAUUAAAGUCUUUGGAACCUGUAA